AUUCGUUUGCACCACCGGCAAGAAGCUCAGCUAUGUGGACUCCCAGCCGGAAGCAGCUCUGCCUGGCAUUUCUGUCGGUCUGUGUGCUCUCUGCCGGCUCCUUCUUCUUCCACCUGAAUGGAGGAAACUUCUUUCAAAAUGCUCUAACUUUCUCUGUCCUGUGUCCAGACUAUCACCUGCUGAAGUCCCCAGUGGCCAUGGUAUGCCUACCUUAUCCGUCGAACGCAUCCAGUGGCUCCCCUUCCUGUCCCGAGCAGUCCUUGCUCUCUGGGACUUGGACAAUCACCCCCGGAGGCAGGUUUGGUAACCAGAUGGGACAGUAUGCCACAUUGCUGGCCCUAGCCCAGCUCAAUGGCCGCCGGGCUUUCAUCCAGCCUGAGAUGCAUACCACCCUGGCCCCUGUGUUCCGAAUCUCCCUGCCAGUGCUGGACCCUGAGGUGGACAGUCUCACGCCUUGGCAGCACUUAGUCCUACAUGACUGGAUGUCAGAGGAGUACUCCCACCUGGAGGACCCGUUUCUCAAGCUGUCUGGUUUCCCCUGCUCUUGGACCUUUUUCCAUCACCUCCGGGAACAGAUUCGCCGGGAAUUCACCCUGCAUGACCACCUACGGGAAGACGCACAGCGCCUGUUGAGUGGGCUCCGGAUAGGCCCUGCAGGCAUCCGUCCUCAGACCUAUGUGGGUGUUCACGUGCGUCGUGGAGACUAUUUGGAGGUGAUGCCUAACCGCUGGAAGGGAGUGGUGGGUGACCGAGCUUACCUCCAGAAAGCCAUGGACUGGUUCCGGGCCCGGCACAAAGACCCCAUCUUUGUGGUCACCAGCAAUGGCAUGAGAUGGUGUUUGGAGAACAUUGACACAUCCCACGGUGAUGUGGUCUUCGCUGGCAACGGACAGGAGGGUACGCCGGGGAAGGACUUCGCACUGCUCACCCAGUGUAAUCACACCAUCAUGACUAUUGGGACCUUUGGCUUCUGGGCUGCCUACCUGGCUGGUGGUGACACUGUCUACCUUGCUAACUUCACCCUUCCAGAUUCAGAGUUUCUGAAGAUCUUCAGGCCUAAAGCUGCCUUCCUGCCCGAGUGGGUGGGCAUUAACGCAGACUUGUCCCCGCUGCAGGCUCAGUUUGACCCCUGGGAGACAGACAGUCUUUUUAGACUGGCUUGACUCAUCAAGGGUCAGCCAUCUGUGUCUCUCUGCUUUGGAGUAUGUCUGCCAUCAUCCUGGAGCUGGGGGCACUCAUGGCUGGACUUGCCGAUGAGCCUUUUGGAGUGCUGGAGUGCUUUACAGACAUUUCAACAGGGUAGCAUUUUCUGACGGCAGGGGAAGCCCAAGUCAGCACUGUAAGUCACACUCUCUUCUGACUUUCCUGGCUCACCUUAGAAUCUCUGGACAGCUGCUUCUGGGUUAGGGAGGCUAAAGAAAAUCCAGACUUACCAGCUGGGCCUCCUGAAUUCUUGGAGUCCUUCUAGACUGUUCCUGAGAGCCUGGUCUGGUCCCCAUGCAGCACCCUGCAGGGCCCUCCCAACACUAGACAGUGAAGAAUUUAAUGACGGUGGAUGGAAAAGCUCAGUGCCACCUCCUGCUGGAAACAUGGAGUGAUGCGAACCUUUCAGGAGCCAGAUUCUUGUUAGGGAGAUGAGAAUAAUUUGAGCACAUAUGAAUUCUGUCCAACUCCUUGGCUCCAGAGAAACUUCAAAGACUUUUAUUUAGGGUGGGCUAAAAGUGGGCUAGAGGAGAGAACCGCUGUUGAAAUGCUCCUUAAGGAGCAAUGUUUAAGGUGCUCUUUAAAAAAAAA